UUUACUUCUACAGGGGCGAGUAUACCGCCGGGCCAUCGAUUGGAGAAUGCACGUAUAUCUAGACCCGAGGAACACCUUGGAAUCCAUUGUGCUACCAGAAUGCUGGCGACGAGCACCGAUUCUCGCCGGUCCCGGAUCGGUGGUUCCUCAAUGGCUACCACGACCGCAACCUUGGGAACCUCUGGGACCUAUUUGGCGCGUCCUAGACUUCCCUUAAGGUCCUUCUUGAAGCCGAAAUCUCUGAGCAACACCUCCAGUUUCGACAUCUCCGGAUACGGCCGGACGAAACGCUUCAAGUCCAGAAAAGUAAAUGUUUUACAAAGAAUGGACCCGACCAAGAAGAAGUUGCCGGACUACACGGAGAUUGCGUACAGAGAAGCCGUUUCGAAGCUGAAGUACUUGUUGUCGGAGUCCUAUUCGCCGAGGAUUUUAUUUAGGAAGAUGCAUCACUGCAGGGAUCCGUUGCAAGACAGUAAUCCACGUGUCAACGAAUCCGGAGAAGAUACGGAUGAUCGGAGCGUCGUGAGCGAUGGAUCGCGCAUGAAAAAUUAUUUGGGAAAUUUGCCACCUCGAGCAAGUCCUUACUUAUCCCGACCUAAACACACGCACGUUACUUCGAAAACUUGCGGAAAUAUGGGUUCGUCAACAGGAGAACAGGCUCCUCCAGAGCUGGCGUCUUUCAUCGAGCGACAGGAAGAGUACAUAGAACAGUUGGAACGGGAAUCGCAGUACUGCAGGGACGAAUUGACAAAUCUGCUGAAGAAAGUCAAGGAGGUUGUCGCGGAAAACGAAGCGCUGAACGACAAGAGCAAGACCGGGUUCCUGAAGGCGGUUCUGGAGGAAUACAAGAUUUCCGACGAGGAAACCCAAGAAGUCGGCGAACGGACCUCGUCCAGAAUCAGCGACAACAGAGGGAAAAGGGUGAAACUGCACAAGACGUUGGAAGGGCCGAACAUUGUCUUCGAAUCUCGCAUCAGCGAGCUCGAGGCUCAGCUGACCCAGGCGAGGGUCGAGCUCCGCAAGGCGCAGGAAGAGAAUCAGGCGAAUUUACAAAGAUUAUCCGAAGGCUCGUCUUCUGGGGUUUCUCCGGAAAUCAAAGCUCAGUUAGACCAAGCCUUAAAGGAGAAACGAGAAACCGAGGCUAAGCUGGAGGAGGCGCAGAGGAGUCUGAAGUUGGCCCGCGAUCGGGAGGCGGACACGGCUCAAAAGGCGAAAAGGGCCUUGGAUAUAGUCCAACAAGUAGAAUUCGAGAAGAGCCAGGCGGAAGCCGAGACCAAAAGGUUGCGGGAGGAGCUGGACAGGCAACACGAGAAGCUCAGGGAUGCGACCCAGGAAGCCAGCAAGAGGAUCGUCGACGAAAGGCAGCAAGUGGAACGACGGUACAAUCACCAGGUCGAGCAACUUUCGGCAGAUAUCGCUUAUCACUGGGAUGCCGCCAGCAAAUCCCAGCUGGAGGCGGAGAAACAACGCAGGGAAAUGGUAGACCUUCGGAGGGAACUGGCCCAAAAACAGGCGACGAUCGACAACUUGAAGAAGGAGCUGCAGGGGAAAAUCUCGAGCUUGCAGAGCGAGCUGAGUCAAGCCAUAGCCGAAAAGGAUGCAGCGGAGCAGGAAAUCGCGGCCGCAAAAUUAUCGGCCGAGCGAAUCGAGAGACAGGGCAGACAGGAACAGAAUCGCCUGCAAACGGAGAUCAAUUCCUACAAACAGAGAUUGGAACGAGCGGACGCCGACCUGGUUCACUGUAGGCGGGAAAAUCUCCGGCUGACCGAGCAGAUAGCUUCGUUGGAAAAGGAGAUCAGCAUGAGCAAGAUGGUGAACACGGAAGAGGCUCGCGCACCUGCCGCGACUCCCAGGCCAGGGAAGGAGAAGGAGCUCACGACCAUGAUCAUGGACAUGGAAACGAAACAUGCUGCUACAGUGGCCGGUCUAGAAGAUGCUCUGACCAAUCAGGCUACGAUCGUCUCUCGACUGACUGCCGAAUGCCAAUCUCUCACACAACGCUUGGAAGCUAACGACCUCAAACACAAGGAAGAAAUGGCCAGUUUACAAAGCAACAUAGCGUUCUUGUCGUCCAAAAUACAAGACACGAUCGACCACCAGAAAGUAAGGUCUGCAGAGAAUCUAACUAACGGUAGCACCGCUUCUCACGUACAAUCGGUGCAGCCGUCGCUGCCAAAAGAUCCGGCAAUCGAAGAAUCUGAUAAUAAAUUUCAAAAUCCGGUGAACAAUGAAAGCACGAGCGGGAGGACCGAAAGCGACGUUUACUUGCAAGAAGGUGGCGAAAAUUUCGAUCCUACGUCCAGUAUGUUAGCUCAAGAGAGGCACAAUCCACAAAAUGUACCACAGGAUGAUAUUGCGAUGGAUCAGCAACAAUAUCGCGUACAAGGUGACGAACGGUACGACGUCGAUGGACAGAAUUACCCGUCCGAAUUUACCGGCGAUUACGAUCAGUACGAUCCAAUGCAAUAUCAGCAAGAGCAAUACGUCGAAGACGAGCAAUAUAAACAGGAACCCUAUCACGAUAUGCAAUAUAACAAGGAACAGUUUCCGAAUUAUCCUGAUACUCAAGACGAUACGCAAACUACUCAACUGAAUUCGAACGAAGGAGAGUCAGCUGACCAGAAUGCAUAAAUCUUGAAGCUACCGUUAGUGGCAUUUAUUUAUUCAAGGAUGACGUGUUAUUAUUUGUAUUGAUCUUUAUCUGGAGUCGUUACGUUGUUGUACAUUGCAAUAAAGUAUACGUGCAUCCUCGGCUUUACUCUGUGACCUGAUAGCGUGCGGCUUAUUAAAAUUAAUGCUUGCAUCUUCAAUUAUUGUACAUUUCUUGUUCCAUCUGUUAUUAGUAAGAAAUACGUACA